AUGAAGGUUAUCGAAAGAGGCAGCGACCGAAGAGCACAGGUCAACAUCUAUGUCGAUGGCCAGGUUGCGGCGCUUAAGGAAUACGAUCAGUACAUCGACCCACGAGACAACGCCAUAUGCUGUUAUGUGGUCAUUGACGAGGGUCACAAGCCUCGAGUUGGCGGCAGGUUCACAGGCACCACUCUAGCCGUGGCCUAUGAUACCAUCGUGGACGGAGUGCUACGAAAGGCCAACUCAUAUGUCGCAAAAGCUGUAAGCUUGCAGACCAACAGGAAGAUUGACACCGAAAAGUUCCUAUGCAAGAAUGGGAAAGAGAUCAUCGACACUGAGAUGACCGCAACUCCUCUCUUGAAUGUGGUCAUGACACAAGGUGACGAGCCUGAAACCAUCGGAACGAUCGAGCAUCGCUUGUACAUCACGCGACAAUUGGGUGUUUCUCACGAAGUUAGUAACGUGAGAAAAUACUACGAAAUCGAAGGUGGUGUUGAAGAGGAUCAUCGGGGCAGCACCGAGCAGAAGGCAAGCUACAUGAAGGUACCUCCAACUCUGAAGAUGUCUUUGGAAGAAAAUAUCGUUCCGUUGGAGGGUACGCAGCCGAACCUGCACAAGCGCAGGGCAGAUGCAAAGCGUCCAGGUCCGGAGCCAUGGGCCAUCUUUCGUUUCCACUAUCGCAGUGAAGACGAUAUGGAGGACCGAGACAUGAUCAUAACCUUUGACCCCAAAGAUCCGGGAUUGGCAGACCCGCAUACUCUAGCGCUGGAGCCUCUUCCUCCUCUGGUUUUGGGUGCAAGGCCCGCAUCAAAGAACGACGGAUAUGCUUCGUCGCGAUCAGAAUCUCCAAUGCCUUCCACCACGCCAGCGAAAAGCGCACAGUCAGAGAACAAGACCCUUGCGCCUUCCGAACAAGCAACUGCGGCGCCCAAGCAGGCACUUGCCAAUGGAGAUACUGACAACAGCAUCUCUACCUCUGAUCCUGGUAGCGGUGGUGAGAAAGUCACAGAAAAGAUCGCCGCUGCGCCUUCUGUGCCGGUAGCCGAUAUGAUUGCGAAAGUAUCCAGCCUCCCAGGAACCGGUACCAAGCUAGCGAACGUGCACCCAGACAAAUCUGUAGCCGUAGCGAAGGAGACAGUCACAAAGCCUUCCCCUUCGCCGUUGGAUACAGCAAAGAAACCCCCGCAGUCCAACACUCCGGCAAAGAAACAGGUCGCAAAACCAGCGUCUAUCAGUACCAGCACAGUCAACGGUCAGAAGAAGCCAGGUACCCCUACCCCAGCAGUUGUACCAGCAAAGCGUACAUCUUCCACUACCAACGGCAUAGCACCACCAGAGCCAAAGCGUACGAUGCCAACGCCUACGCCUACGUUACCUAUCGCCCAGCCUGUAGUGCUGCGCUCCUCUACACCUAAGACGCUUUCGAUCGAACGCCAGCUCGCAGACCAGCGAAAAAACCUCGAGGAUAUGCGCAAGAGGCGUGCGGAGACUGCUAAGAAGCAGGCUGACAUUGAUGCGCAGAUGGGACCCUACAAGCAGCGUAUGGCGGAGGAGCUGGAUCGUCUCAAGCGAGAAAUGAUGGAAGAAGAGAGUGCGUACACUGAGGAGGCAGAGCAUUACAGUGCCAGUGUCGAGGUCCUGAAGGAGUUCAAAAAGGCUGAUGAUGGCAAUUGA